UACCAAGUGAUCACUCCUCCGCCCCAGCGGCUCCCCAGCCUCCGACUUCAGGUGACUCUUGGUUCCCGCAGGCCAAGUGGGGUGGGAGACUCGGGUCUCAGGUCCCCGCGAUGUCCCCCGUGCCCCACGGUGACAGUACGGAUUCGUGAACCAUGCCCUGGAGCUGCUGGUGAUCCGCAAUUACGGUCCCGAGGUGUGGGAAGACAUCAAAAAAGAGGCACAGUUGGAUGAAGAAGGACAAUUUCUUGUCAGAAUAAUAUAUGAUGAUUCUAAAACUUAUGACCUGGUGACUGCUGCAAGCAAAGUCCUCAAUCUCAAUGCUGGAGAAAUCCUGCAAAUGUUUGGAAAGAUGUUUUUUGUUUUUUGUCAAGAGUCUGGCUAUGAUACCAUCCUGCGUGUCCUAGGAUCUAAUGUCAGAGAGUUUCUGCAGAACCUCGAUGCCCUGCACGACCACCUGGCUACCAUCUACCCGGGGAUGCGUGCACCUUCCUUCAGGUGCACAGAUGCAGAGAAGGGCAAAGGGCUCAUUCUGCACUACUACUCUGAGAGGGAGGGGCUGCAGGACAUUGUCAUCGGGAUUAUCAAGACUGUCGCUCAACAGAUACACGGCACUGAAAUAGACAUGAAGGUUAUUCAGCAAAGAAAUGAAGAAUGUGAUCAUACUCAAUUUUUAAUUGAAGAGAAAGAGUCGAAAGAAGAGGAUUUUUAUGAAGAUCUUGACAGAUUUGAAGAAAAUGGUACCCAGGAAUCACGCAUCAGCCCAUACACCUUCUGCAAAGCUUUUCCUUUUCACAUAAUAUUUGACCGGGAUCUUGUGGUCACUCAAUGUGGCAAUGCCAUCUAUAGAGUGCUCCCCCAGCUCCAACCUGGGAACUGCAGCCUUCUGUCUGUCUUCUCACUGGUUCGUCCUCAUAUUGACAUCAGUUUCCAUGGGAUCCUUUCUCACAUCAAUACCGUCUUUGUAUUGAGAAGCAAGGAAGGAUUGCUGGAUGUAGAGAAGCUGGAAUGUGAAGAUGAGCUGACUGGGACUGAGAUCAGCUGCUUACGUCUCAAGGGUCAAAUGAUCUACUUACCUGAAGCAGACAGCAUCCUUUUCCUGUGCUCACCAAGUGUGAUGAACCUGGAUGACCUGACAAGGAGAGGCCUGUACCUGAGUGACAUCCCUCUGCAUGAUGCCACGCGAGACCUUGUUCUUUUGGGAGAACAAUUCAGGGAGGAAUACAAACUGACACAAGAGCUGGAAAUCCUCACUGACAGGCUACAGCUCACACUACGAGCCCUGGAGGAUGAAAAGAAGAAGACAGACACAUUGCUGUAUUCUGUCCUUCCUCCAUCUGUUGCCAAUGAGCUGAGACACAAGCGUCCAGUACCUGCCAAAAGAUAUGACAAUGUGACAAUCCUCUUCAGUGGCAUAGUGGGCUUCAACGCCUUCUGUAGCAAGCAUGCAUCUGGAGAAGGGGCCAUGAAGAUUGUUAACCUUCUCAAUGACCUAUACACCAGAUUUGACACACUGACUGAUUCACGGAAAAAUCCUUUUGUUUAUAAGGUAGAGACAGUUGGUGACAAGUACAUGACAGUUAGUGGUUUACCUGAGCCGUGCAUCCACCAUGCACGGUCCAUUUGCCACCUGGCUUUGGACAUGAUGGAAAUUGCUGGCCAAGUUCAAGUAGAUGGUGAAUCUGUUCAGAUAACAAUAGGGAUCCACACUGGGGAGGUAGUGACUGGCGUCAUAGGACAGCGGAUGCCUCGGUAUUGUCUCUUUGGAAAUACUGUCAACCUCACAAGCAGAACAGAAACCACAGGAGAAAAGGGAAAAAUAAAUGUGUCUGAAUACACUUACAGGUGUCUCAUGUCUCCAGAAAACUCGGAUCCACAGUUCCAUUUGGAGCACAGAGGCCCUGUGUCCAUGAAGGGCAAAAAAGAACCAAUGCAAGUUUGGUUCCUAUCCAGAAAAAAUACAGGCUCAGAGGAAACAAACCAGGAUGAUAACUGAAUCUCAGACUGUAGGACAAAGGAAACUGUCAGUUAGGUUCUGGUGGUUGCCCGAUGUGUGCCAAGCCCAGGAGCACUUCUUCCCUGUGGAUACUGAGGUCACCUGUCUUUUCCAAUGGCCUUCAGCCUCUCCUCUUGAUAUAUCUUGCACUAUCUGUUAUUUGAUGCUAGCUCUGUUUUUGAUUAUUUUUAAGGUUUUAGUAUAUUUUUUAAAGUUUGGCUUUGACGUGGAUCAUUUGAGCUUCGUGUGUCCUAAAUUCUACUACAAGCAUUACCUAACUGGUGAUUAGCAAGUGGUAGGCACCCAAUAAGUAUUUGUUGAAUCUAAUAAAAUGAAACUGAAUAGCAUUUGGCCAUACGUAUGUAUAUCAUGGCUCAGCAUAUUUGUUUAAUGCUCCAUGUAUAUGUAUAUGCAUAUGUAUAUUUUAAUGACUAUAACAUAAAGACAAAGUUUAUAUCAUGUUGGUGUAUGUCAUUCUAGAAACCAUUUUCUAAAGGAGUGAAUUCUAAGUUUUAGAAAAAAUGCAAUUUAUUUUCAGACUUCUAAAAUAAGAAUUAGCAUACCAUACUAAGGAAAGAGUGACUAUUUUGAGGAAUGUUAAUUUCCUUCUGAAAAUAGAGAAUACAGUUCUAUUGUUAAAAACUUUGGCUGCUCAUUUGAAUGACAUGACAAUUACAGCUCCUCUGACGUGCCAUCAUUUAUAUCAUCACCUUGUACUGAGGUUCAGGGACCACCACGGAAGCAGGGGUGGGGAGCUGAGUUGUUUCACACUGAACUGUUAACAUUUACUUGGGCAAGUGCUAGGGGCCCUAACCCAACCAACGGAAGAACAGGCUGGAAACAGGUAGUUGGAAUGCUGUUAGAGCCAUCACUAGCCCUUUAUGCCCAGAAAUGAGCUUCCUUUUCUUAGCUUAGAAAAAUUUUAUCUUAUCCAGACAUCAUGUUCAGAGAAGUCAGUUUAAUCUCAGCAUACAAUGCAUUUGCAUUCCUAUUGGAAUAAUUGGCCUGUUAUCCUUCAAAUGUCUGAUAAUUUAUCGAUAUCUAUCUUUAUAAAAUAUAGUGCAACUACUUUUGUGUAAAAAUGUUUGUCUUUAAAUUUGCUAUUUCUAUCAGCACAUCAAUAUGAGUAUAAAUGUUCCAUGUUAAUGUGUAAAAGAAUCUGCAAUAAAUUAUUUUUUCCACUUGUC